UAGAACUGACUGAUGAUUAAUGAUUAAAAGACUCAAGAACUCAACCUGUUUGCAAUCAUACAUUGGAAAUAUCUUAUUAUUCUUAUUGCUUCAAUAAGUUGUAUGAAAAUGAAUGCAUCUAAUAAAAAGGAUUCCUAAGAAAGCAUCAUAGAUCAAUGGAAAUAGUAAGAUCACAAAUAAACUGUUUGUGAACCUGAAUUUUUCGAUGAGGUUUCUGCAAAAAGUAUUUAAUAUUCUGAAUAAAACAGCCAAUAAUACACGUUUUAUAAAUACAUUUGCUUCAAUGGCCUGUAGUCGAUACGAAUACGUUAAAGGAUAUGAAAAAGAUGAUAGUAUUUUACCCAAUGUUUGGAUAGUUGUACGAGUGGAUGGAAAAGGUUUUCACAAAUUUUCCAAAAUUCAUGACUUCGAAAAGCCAAAUGAUGAGAAUGCGUUAAAUCUAAUGAACAAUGCUGCUCAAACUGUAAUGGAAGAAUUUCGUGAUAUUGUUAUCUCCUAUGGACAAAGUGAUGAAUACUCCUUUGUUUUUCGUAAAGAAACUAAUGUUUUUAAUAGAAGACUAUCAAAAUUAUUAUCAUACGUAACUAGUCUAUUUACCUCCUCAUACGUUAUGAAUUGGUCUAACUGGAUGAACGGGAAGAAAUUACAAUAUCCACCCUGCUUCGAUGGGCGUGUUGUUUUGUAUCCAUCUGAUCAAAAUCUAAGAGACUAUUUAAGUUGGCGUCAAGCCGAUGUACACAUUAAUAAUUUGUACAAUACUGCAUUUUGGAAUUUAGUCCUUAAGAGUGGUCUUAGCAAUCAAGAGGCUGAAGCCGAAUUACGCGGCACAUUUUCGACUGAUAAAAAUGAAAUUCUAUUUACGAAAUUCGGUAUAAAUUAUAAUAGUUUACCUGCAAUGUUUAGAAAAGGUACUAUAUUGUUAAGGAAAAAAGUUGCAUUUGGAGAAAACUUAUCGAAUAAGAGACAAUUAAUUGUACCCAUACAUGAAGAUAUGAUUAGGGAUAAAUUUUGGAAACAACACACAGAAUUGUUGGGGAAAUAUGUGCCGGGAGAAUAUGAAAGUAUAACGGGUGUUUUAGAUUAUCCAGAAUUAAUAACGAGACAAAUAGAAAUGUUGUCAUUGAAAGAUAGUUGAUACUUUCUUAUAAAAAUAAAUUAAUAAUGUAUCGAAUAACAAACAAAAAAUAAUUCAUUAUAACUAAUUAAGUAAUAAAACAAUGUUUCUUAAGUAUUAUGAAAAAAGUAAUUAUG